AUGACUGGCAAGGCUGUGGCUGUUGUCCUGACUCUUCUCCUGAUCUCAGUGGUGGGAACGAAAGGCAAGGCCCUGCCACGCUCAGCGAUUGAACUCCGAUGCCAGUGUGUAGGCACCCAUUCCAAGUUCAUCCAUCCCAAGUUCAUUCAUAACGUGAACCUCAUCCCCAGCGGACCUCACUGCAAGAACGUUGAAGUCAUAGCUACCCUGACAGACGGCAGAGAAGUGUGCCUGGACCCCACUGCUCCCUGGGUGAAGCUGAUCAUCAAGGCGAUUCUGGACAAGGCAAACGCCAAAUCUGAGACAGUGUCCUAA